AUGGUCGUGAGGAGAGAUCUGAUCGAGACGAGAGGAGACGUCAUUGGCUCUUGUUGGAGAGGAGCAGCGGCGUGCGGUUGUCUUCCCAGUGAGGCGGCGACGUCUUUGCAACAAGGUCUUCGCGUGGUGGGGAGAUCUCCGCCGUUGAUGGUUCGUGACGUUUCGAAGUGA